UACAAGUCCUUUCACUAAAUACAAAAGAAAAUGUGCAUUGUUAAAGUUAAUUUCUAAUAUAUACAUGUAAAAAUAUUAUAAUAGAUGCAUCCCAAUUUCUUGGAAAUGUGAUGGAGAAAAUGACUGCCCUGAUGGAGAAGAUGAAAAGGGUUGUGCUCCAGUUACAACAACUGUUUCCUUGAAUUGUCUACUUAACGAAAUGUAUUGUUCAGCAUCAAAGGCCUGCAUUUCACUGAGUUGGAAAUGUGAUGGAGAAAAUGACUGCUCUGAUGGAGAAGAUGAGAAAGAUUGUGAUAUAGUUACAACUACAAAAGCUACAGUUACAACAACACAAGCUCCAGUUACAACUACACAAGCUCCAGUUACAACUACACAAGCUCCAGUUACAACAACUCUUUCCUUGAAAUGUAAAGUUGGUGCAAUGUACUGUACAGCCACAAAGACCUGCAUUCCACUUAUUUGGAAAUGUGAUGGACAAAAUGACUGCCCUGAUGGUGAAGAUGAGAAAGAUUGCGAUAUAGUUACAACUACAAAAGCUACAGUUACAACUACAAAAGCCCUAGUUACAACAACUCUUUCCCUGGACUGUCCCCUUGAUGAAAUGUACUGUACAGCCACAAAGACCUGCAUUUCACUGAGUUGGAAAUGUGAUGGGGAAAAUGACUGUCCAGAUGGAGAAGAUGAGAAAGAUUGUGAUUACACACUUGACAAUUUUGAGAAACAAGAUACAAACUUCAUCAUUGACGCAUUUCCAAAGGAAGUGUAUGUUCGCAUACCAUUGGAGACAGGUGUCAUCGAUCUGCUCAGUUUGUCACAUCUAGUCACUUAA